CGUUGACACAAGCACACACACACACAGAGAGAGAGAGAACGCUCGUAACCACGUGCGACGCGGCGCGUCCAACAAUCCCCCGCAGCGGGACGGCGAUCGACGGCGCGGCAUUGCGCGUCAUGACCUCAGCGUCGUCGACGACGCGUCGUCUUCCAGGACUGGCCCAGCAUCCUCGCCGCCGGCUUCCGCAAAGACUUCGAGGCAGGCGUCGGCGCCUCGCGGCUCUUCAGAGUUACUCGGUCGAUCGCGCUCACACGACGUCGGCGCGACUCCCGUUCCCAGCGCUUUGACCUGUCGUGUCCCAUCUCGUACAGCACCGGCCACCCGCUUUGGGCCCAGGAAGACGGCUCUUUUCGUCUGACCCCACCCCCUUCCGAACUUCUCGGCGCCAAGAGAGAAGAAGCUGGCGCCGGUCGCCACCGCCUCUUCGACGCCAGGUCUGGACUCGCGUGGUGCAAUCGCGCCGACGACCUCUUCCUCGGGAAUCUCGGCGCCGGCCCGUCGGCGGCCGCUGCUAGUUCGUGCCUCGUCGUCGUCAUCGUCGGCGCCACUAGGAGGGCUCGCCGGGGCAGGUGACCCUCGUGUCCGCGUGGGUGUCUCGCAGGAGGACCGCGCCAAACCGAUCCGCGGACCCGGAGGACGUCGCCGUGCGAAACCCACCUCGCAAAGUCUUGACAGCUCACGCGCGCAGCGCUACCGCUACUCGAGUCAGACGUGGUCGUCGGUUCCGGACCGCAGGUGCGCCUUCGGAUCUGCCCGUCGAGCCUGGAAUGUCUCUUCUGGUGGAUUACGGCUGGAUCUCAUCCUCACUCUGCGGAGCGGCGACGGCAGCGAUGGACGACUGGUCGUACUACGAGGACGACCCAUACAGCACGCCCCUAGGCAAUGUUGCCUAUCCUGUGAGUGGAGAGGAAGUUGCAGCAGCUUCAUCCUCCUCUUCUGCUGAGCAGGAGCAACUUCGCUCUUUCCAAGACUUGUUGCUGCGCACUUUCCAGCCAAAUCAGCCCCAGCAUCAAGACAUAGGCAUGCCCAUCUGCACUAACUAUGAAGAACAAGGUCUGCACAUGGCUGGCGGUGCCCGGCUAGUGAUCCUGGAGCAGCCCAUGAAGGAGACACGCUAUCGCUACAAGAGUGAAAGUGGCUCCCAUGGGCCCCUCAUCGGGGAGUCAAGCACUCAGCAGCGAAAGACCUUUCCCACCGUCAAGCUGGAAAACUACGACGCGCAGUUACCCCAUCGCAUCAAGGCAAGUCUGGUCACUGCCGAGGACACAUCCCGGGCACACGUGCAUCGUAUCACCAUGCGAGGGCGCGACGAUGAGGACUGCUGCUAUGUCACUGUCCGUGAAAAUGGCACAGCCAUGUUCACAACCAUGUCAAUCGUGUUUCAACAGAAAAAGACAGUUGCUGAUAUCCUGUACAGAAGAAAGAUUGAGAGCUUGCAGCCCUCUCAAGAGGAACAGCGGCAGCUUCAAACCGAAGCCAAGAGAGAAGCAGCCGAGCUUAAUUUGAACCUGGUUCGCAUCUGCUUCACAGCCGAGUGCUGUGAGGAGGGUGUCUGGAAACCACUGUGUGUUGCCUACUCCAAUCCAGUCGCAAACUCAAAGGCUGGAAAGCUGAGAAUAACCAAAGCAAAUCGCAAGUCAGGAUCAUGCAAGGGUGGCGAUGAGGUCUGGAUUCUCUGUGAGAAGAUCAACAAGAAGGACAUCCAGAUCAAGUUCUUUGAAGAAAACGAGGAGACAAAGGAGAGGACCUGGGAGGAGGCAGCCACAUUCCAGGAAUCAGAUGUGCACUAUCAGGUGGCCAUAGUCUUCAAGACGCCUCCAUACCGUGACACCAACUUACAGCAGCAGGUGACAGUCAAGUUUCAGCUGAUUCGCAAGUCGGACAAUGACUGCAGCGAACCCUUUGAGUUCACCUAUCUGCCUUGUGGGCCUUCUGAAGAAGAGCUAUUGGCACACAAGCGGCGCAAGCUUAGUCAUCACUCCCCUGAAGAAACGUCCCACUACUCGGGCAUCAUGGGUCCCCCUUCCAGCAGCAGCAGCAGCAGCACGGGUGCCCAGACAUUCCCAAGUGAACCACCAUUCGGCAUGUCUACCUCUUACCCAGGAGCUUCAGCACAACUGGGUGCUGUGCCAGGGGAGAACCUGUGGCUGCCAGAGAGUGAGGAAGCCUGGGAUUUCGUGAUCAAAGACAUGUGCAAUAGUUUCAAUGCUGACACAAUACAGCAACUGCUCCAGGACGUUGAUUUUGACCAAGUGCCUACCCAUACCCUGGAACCUAUGAUCAUGGCCACCGAUGGAGAUGGGCUUGAGGCCUCCAUGGGCAGACUCUCCCUGGGUGGCGAAGCAAGCCGCGGUGAAACAGAAGCUGGAAGUCAACGCAAUAGCCCGGCCUGUCCCUGCCAGAGCUCUGAAGAGGCUGUCAUCAAGGUUGAAGACAAGUCAGCCCACUGUUCAAAGCGUGACUCAUUUGAUGGCUCAACAAGUGUUUACAGCAGUAAGACAAGCGACCGGCUUGGCACGGCGAUGUAUGCACUGAUCUGCUGGCUGACAAAAGAGCUCGUGAGCAAGUGCUCCACAAAAACCCUGACCAGGCUGGUUGCUGAAAUUAUUCCAAUCUGUGACCUGCAUGGCAACAACGCUCUGCACGUGGCUGUGAGGCACGCUCCACAUUUACUUGAUCUCCUUCUGAAGAUCCUGGCAAACACGAAGAAGUACAGCAUGUGUAUCAACAGGCAGAAUGAUGGAGGCCAGACUCCAUUGCAUGUGGCCGCACAGAGUGGGCGGCAUGACCUAGUCAUGAUUCUCUUGGACUGUAGUGCUGACGCUGCACUUGUAGACCAUAGAGGCCGCACCGCCUUGCACUGUGGGGUGCUGGGCUCCCUGCCUGGGGGGACUCUCAAAAGGAUGCUGUCCCAGCCACAGCUGCAGCCCAAUGCAGCCGACAAACAAGGCAAGACAGCCUUACACCUGGCUGUGGAGAAGAGAGACCCCGGAGCCCUUGAAACACUCUGCCAAGCAGGCCUCGAUGCCAAUGCUGCUACGGAUGAAACGGGAGACAGGCCUCUCCACUUGGCUGUCAUAGGAGACUUUGUCGAGGGCGUCAACAUUCUGCUGAAACAGGAAACGAUCCAAGUGGCAUCCAUCAACAGCUACGGAAUGAAUGCUUUGGAACUUGCCCUGGACAUGAAACGAGAGGACAUCGUGGAAAUACUCUGUGCACAAAGAGAGUCAUUAAAAAGUCAGCCUGGAGCGGACAGCAGCAAUCCAGAAAAAUUUUCGACCAAUGCUGGCUCAGAACCAGUCGCAGAACGAGCUGAAGGUGGCCGUAUCAGUCUUCGUUCAAGAGUGGUGGCAGCGCUAGAGUCCGAGGAAAAUGCUACCAGGGUCCUCAAGUUGCUGGAGGACAGCAAAGACACCGUUGUGAAUAAGAUGAUAGCUUUCCUUCGAGUUUCUGGGCUCGGUGAAACGAUCUAUCUCAAGUAUCUUCAGGACUAUGAUGAUGAUGCCCUUCGAAGACUUUUCGUUAAUGUCCUGGAAAUCCCUCUUGACUAAGAUGGCACAGUGCCACUCUAUUGCUAUUAGCAUUUCUGCUUGUAUAUUUUGAAUAAACGACUGCUUUGU